GGCGCCCGUCGCUAUUAUUCUUAUUCUGAAAGUCACAAACGGAAGUACGGUAUAUGCACUUCUUAGCUUAACGCUAGCAGCGAGGCAACAGCAGCAGACAGCAGGUGGGGGGGGGAGCGGGGCAGCAGGUAAAGGUGUAUGUGGCUCUCCGUUUAUGAACGAGGGGGAGAGACGGGAAGGGGAGAGACGGCGUGGAGAAGAGACGGAGAGGGAAAAGAAAAAGGAGGACAUAGGAGCCGACUGAGAGGAGGACGAGCCGACGAGAAGGAAGGGAGGAAUAAGAGGAGCGGGGAUGUCUGAGAGGAUAGCAUCGUGCGGGAGCCUGUAUGACAGCACCAACCUGCUGCUACAGUACUGCAACAACGAUGACACGGUGUCGGCUGGGAGCAACAUGGACAUGGAGGACCGGGUCUCUCACCUGGAGCAGAAGCUGCAGCUGCAAGAGGACGAGAUCCAGCUGCUGAAGGCCGCCCUGGCCGACGCCCUGCGCCGCCUGGGCUGCUGCGAGGAGCAGGGCCCGGGGGGGCAGCGUGCGGGCGUCCACGCCGCUGGGAGGAGGCCUCUGGCCACCACAGCGUCGGCACCAGCUUCCAAGGCGCGUCAGCUCCUGCAGGCUCUCCCAUCCAGACCGCUGAGUAACGGCUACGUCCAGCAGAAGCGCCUCCUCUCCUCCCCUUCCUCGCCUAAAAAGGAGGCGCUGCAGUCCAUUAAGAGAAAGAGUAUGUCCACAGAGCGCCUCACCCUGGUGAGAAGAGAGUUGGGAGCAGAGAGUCGAAGUCGAACCACCUCCUCCAGCAGCUCCUCUGGAGGCAAAAGCAAAACCAAAGAAUGCAGCUUCAAUGCAGAGGACAGCUACGUGCGGAUGUUCCUCCGAGGACGUCCCGUCACCAUGCACCUCCCCGAUCAGCAGAAGGAGAGCUACAGCCUUGACCUCAAGGUGGCGCUACCUGACCGCAAGCUCAAGCUGCAGUGGGUGUAUGGCUACCGUGGACGGGACUGCCGCUCCAACCUCUACCUGCUGCCCACUGGAGAGAUCGUCUACUUCAACGCCUCUGUGGUGGUGCUCUUCAACACGGAGGAGCAGCAGCAGAGACACUACCUCGGCCACAACGAUGACGUCAAAUGCCUGAGUGUGCAUCCUGACAUGGUUACCAUAGCAACGGGACAAGUGGCUGGAACCUCUAAUGAUGGAAAGCUGCAGGCACCUCAUGUUCGCGUGUGGGACUCCGUGAGCCUCAACACGCUCCAUGUGAUCGGGAUGGGAAUGUUCGAAAGAGCGGUCACCUGUGUUGCUUUCUCAAAGUCGAACGGCGGCACCUUCCUCUGCGCCGUGGACGAUGCCAACGACCACAUCCUGACUGUCUGGAACUGGCAGAAGGAGAAGCAGCUGGCUGACGUCAAGUGCUCCAAUGACUCUGUGCUGGGCGCUGUGUUUCAUCCCAUGGAUGCCAACCUGAUUGUCACCUGUGGAAAAUCUCACAUCAACUUCUGGACCGUUGAGGGCAGUACUUUGACCAAGAGACAGGGCCUGUUCGAGAAACACGAGAAACCAAAGUACGUGCUGUGCGUGGCGUUUGCUGAGAACGGAGACGCCAUCACAGGAGACUCCAGUGGAAACAUUUACGUCUGGGCCAAAGGCGGCAGCCGCAUCAGCAAGGUGGUGUCGGGGGCCCACGAGGGCGGCAUUUUCUCUCUCUGCGUCCUGAAGGACGGCACCAUGGUCUCCGGGGGAGGGAAGGACCGCAAGGUGGUGCUGUGGGACCACGACUACAAAAAAAAGGCAGAGAUGGAGGUGGGCGAGCCGCUGGGUCCUGUACGGGCGCUGGCCGAAGGGAAACUGGGAGAACUCUUCGUAGGAACCACCAAGAAUGCCAUCAUCAAAGCCGCCUUCCCUGACACGUUAACUCCGAUUGUACAGGGUCACACAGAUGAGCUGUGGGGUCUGGACGUCCAUCCUUCCAUGGAGCAGUUUGUCACCUGCUGCCAGGACAAACAGGUUCACCUCUGGGACGCCAUCUCCCAUCAGCCCCUCUGGAGCAAGACCAUUGAGGAUCCCGGGAGGUGUGCAGGUUUCCAUCCCAGCGGUGCUGUUCUGGCUGUGGGAACCUUGACUGGAAGAUGGUUGGUGCUGGACACUGACACUCGGGAUCUUGUUUCUAUGCACACCGAUGGAAACGAGAUCAUUUCCAACAUCAAGUACUCUCCAGACGGCAACUUCCUGGCUGUCGCUUCCCACGACAACUUUGUCUACAUCUACGCAGUGACGGAGACCGGCCGCAAGAACAGCCGCGUGGGGAAAUGCACUGGCCACUCAAGCUUCGUCACCCAUCUGGACUGGUCAGCGGACAGCCAGCACCUCGUCACCAACUCAGGAGACUACGAGAUCCUCUUCUGGGAGGCAUCCAGUGGUAAACAUGUGACCAACAUGGAUGUAGUGCGCAACCAGCAGUGGGCCACUUACACCUGCACUCUGAGCUUCAACACCUUUGGAGUCUGGCCAGACGGAGCGGACGGCACAGACAUAAACGCAGUGUGCAGGUCACAUGAUGGAUCCCUGCUGGCCUCCGCCGAUGACUUUGGCAAAGUGCACUUGUUCUCCUUCCCCUGCUCUCAACCAAGGGCUCCGAGUCACGAGGGCAGUGGCCACAGCAGUCACGUGACAAAUGUUGCCUUUUUGCACGACGACAGUCACCUGCUCUCCACUGGUGGGAAAGACACCAGCAUCUUGCAGUGGGCAGUCUAGGCCCUCCACCCCCAAACAGGUGGGGGACCAGCAUCCGGCCGCCCUCUUUCCUGUUCUAUCCUCUUGCACCACCAGGGGGCAGUAUUUCCACUGUGCCUACUGGAAAUAUGAAUAAUAAUAAUAAUAAAAAAAACACAACUCAGAUGUCACACCAGUUCAAAUGUAUGACAUGUAAAAAACGGAAUAUCAUUUAAUGUCCUUCUCCUUGGUAAUAGAAUGUAGAAAUAAUUACUUGUUCCCAUGCAGAAAUUAAAUCCUUCAUGCCGCCCCCCAAAAGAACUUGGUGACUGCAAUAGCCAGCCUGCAGGGAGCUGGUGGUAGUGACCAUACAGCAAACCUGAGAAAUAGCAUUAUUACAAACUGUGCCUAACCUGCAUUUAUCUUAACACCCUUUAACAGGAAACCCACCUAUUUUAAAGGAAUCAAAUGUUUUAGCUCCUUGAUUAAAUGUGCACUUUAGUGUGCACACAGAUUAGUUGAAUGCAUGCGCCACUGUCACAAUUUAUUUAAAUUUUAGGGGUUUAAUAUUAGCAAUUUACUGUUUCGGAUAGAUUUAAUACACCAAAAUGCAUGGAAUAGAAAUGUUUCUAAAUCUAUAAAAUAGCAGCCUGGUUUGCAAAAUGGUGAUGUAAAGUAUACCAGAUUUUGAUUGGCGGGGUAAAAACUUGGGAAAUCUUUCUGUAUCUCUGCACCAUUUGUGAAUGUGAUCGAUGAGUGUGCAGCACUCGUUUCCUACAACCAAUACACCCAGAUAAACCCUUAAAUGUAACAAAAAGUUCACCAGAAUGUAACCUUCGAUGGGUGUGAUCUAAAGUCAUUUAGUCUUUGGCCUGACCUGUUGUGCAGCAAAGAUUGUAUUGGGAUUCCAAAAAUUGGCGGUAUUCUUCCAUUCUGUACUUACUGUAACUCCAUUUUAUUGUCAUCUUCUAUGUGUCCAUCCCUCAGCCUGAUAAUAAACUCCUACGGUGCAGAUUGUGAGAGGUACAAAGUGUCCACCCUCUAAUAGACUGCUGUAUUUCUGAUUGUACUACUACCUGCAGUCACUGGAUGGCGCUACAAUGCAAGAGAAUGAGCAUUAUGGCUGUCCUCUUACGUUACCGUUAAUGUUGCAAAAGGUUGUAGAUUUAUGAAUAUAUUAUGCAGUGUAACAGUUGCUGUGUCAUUUUAAUUAACUCGACCAAUGAUGGAUGUCAUAGUUCUUAUUGACAGAAGGGUGACGUGGUCUGCUGUGCUGUGAGCUUGAGCUGUGCUUUGCCUUCUGUUUUGUUAAUAAAGUUUUUACCCAAGCACUA